AAGCGAAGUUCACGUCUACUAGGCCAGAGUUGAAACGUUACAUAAUACGCCUCUUUUCUCAAAAGAAAAUAUCCGCUUUAGGUGUGUGUGAACGUCGUGCUGCUUUUUAUUUUUUUAACCAAGGAACAGAUUUGCAACGAUGAAUCCGGAUCUUCGCCGAGAAAGAGAAAAUGCCACAUUCCAGACGGAAAUUCUCACAAACGUACUGGACGGAAGCGUGGAGAAGACCAGAAGGAGAAGAGAAAUAGAAUCUCUGGUGAUUAAUGACCCUGACUUCCAGCAAGAAGACCCAAACUUCUUGUCCCGCAGUGAGCGCUAUGACGCGGCCGUGAAGAAGAGCAUCCAGAUGUUUUCAAAGAUCCGGGAGUACGGCAUCUCUGAUCCUGAGGAGAUAUACUUCUAUAAGAGACUGGCACAAAGAGCCCCGCAUGAGGCUUUCGCUAUCCAUUUCAUGAUGUUCAUCCCUACACUGUCCAGCCUGUGCACCCCUGAGCAGCAAGACAAAUGGCUGCUGCUUGCCGAUUCAUUCAAGGUGGUCGGCACGUACGCCCAGACCGAAAUGGGGCACGGAACGCACAUCCGUGGACUCGAGACCACAGCGACCUACGACCCCUCCACACAGGAGUUUGUCCUGAACAGCCCCACGGUCACUUCCAUCAAAUGGUGGCCAGGAGGACUGGGCAAGACGUCCAAUCACGCCAUUGUGUUGGCGCAGCUCUACACACACGGCAAGUGCCACGGCCUCCACGCCUUCAUCGUCCCUAUACGCUGUAUGAAAACCCACCAGCCUCUGCCAGGCGUGGUUGUAGGUGACAUUGGCCCCAAAUUCGGCUUCGACGAGGUGGAUAACGGAUUCCUGAAGCUGGAUAACAUUCGGAUCCCGCGUGAGAAUAUGCUGAUGAAGUACUCCAAGGUCCAACCUGAUGGCACGUACGUGAAGCCCCCCAGUGAUAAGCUGACGUACGGCACCAUGGUGUUUAUCCGCGCCAUGAUUGUAGGACUGUCGGCCAUCGCUCUGUCCAAAUCCUGCACCAUCGCCAUCCGCUACAGCGCUGUCCGUCAUCAGUCUGAGCUACGAGCCGGAGAGCCUGAGCCACAGAUCUUGGACUACCAGGCUCAGCAGUAUAAACUCUUCCCGCUGUUAGCAACGGCCUACGCCUUCACCUUUGUGGGCCAGUACAUGAAGAACACGUAUAAUCGCAUCACUGGAGACAUCAACCAGGGAGACUUUAGCCAGCUGCCCGAGCUCCACGCUCUAGCUGCAGGUUUGAAAGCGUUCACUACCUCGACUGUGAAUGCAGGGAUUGAAGUGUGUCGGAUGGCCUGCGGAGGUCACGGUUAUUCUCGAAGCAGCGGCCUGCCGGACAUCUACGUCACCUUUACGGCCACAUGCACCUACGAGGGCGAGAACACCGUCAUGAUGCUGCAGACGGCCCGCUACCUGGUGAAGAGCUACAGACAAGCGCGUGAUGGAAAGCAGCUCAGUGGCAUCGUCUCAUACUUGAACGAAUCUCACCAGCGUAUUCAGCCUCAACCCACAGGGUCCAGACCCACAGUCAUCAAUAUCAACGACCUGCAGAGCCUCGUGGAGGCCUACAAACUCCGUGCUGCCAACGUGGUGGAAACGGCAGCAAAGAGCCUGCAGACAGAGCUCCAGCGCAGCAAGAGCCAAGAGGACGCCUGGAACAACAGCUCCUUAGAGCUCCUCCGUGCCUCUGACGCCCACUGUCACUUUGUAGUGGUGAAGCUGUUUGCUGCUAAGCUGAGUGAGCUCAGUAACACGGCCGUCUACUCUGUCCUCAGCACUCUUGCUCUGCUCUAUGCCCUGCACGGUGUUGCCAAGAACUCGGGAGACUUUUUGCAGGCUGGUCUACUGACAGUUCCUCAGCUGGCUCAGAUCACUCAGAGGAUUAAGGCCCUGAUGGCUGAGAUCCGUCCCAACGCUGUGGCUCUGGUGGACGCCUUUGACUACCGUGACGAGAUGCUGAACUCGGUGCUAGGCCGCUACGACGGGAACGUCUACGAGAGCAUGUUCGAGUGGGCCAAGAAAUCUCCGCUCAACCAUACGGAGGUCCAUGAAUCAUUCUACAAGUACAUGAAACCUCUGCAGUCCAAACUGUGAGCGUUGAAGCUGGCUCUUCCCUUCGACUAACAUUUAAGGGCACUAAAUUCUAGGUGGAGAAUCAAUCACGUAUAAUUGAUCUGUCAGAUCCUCUGUAGCAACAGCCUGUAUGAAUUGGAGCAUUAUUCUAGGAUCAGGGUUUUGUUUUGUUUUUGUAUUCAUUUUUUAAUCUGAAGUGAUUUGGAAGUUUGUUGUGGCUUUGUGGCAUUCCAGGAUGUGAAAUCGGAGCCAUCUACGGUAGAAACGUAACUGACAAGCUCCUACUGCCAGACAUUUUAGGUAACUUGGUAAUAUAGACAGUGCUGCUGAUCCCAGGUCAGAACAUGAUAAAUAUGGAUCCAGAUUGAUGUACUGUACGUGGCUAAAGAACACUGCACAUUGCAAUCAGGAGAUCGAUUCAUUUCCUUGAUUGAUUUUGAUUUGCGCUUAUUAAUUUUUACCACUGUAGGCGUCCAGAUAAGUGUACUGUUAUAAAAAUUUACAUUAUAUGUAUGUUUUGGAAUCUUUUGGAGAUUGCAUAUCAUCUUAUUUUGGGAAAGAAAGGUGAUAUUGUACUUCAGUUGAUUAUAGCAUUAAUAUUUGGAGAGAAAUGUGAGCAACAUGAACUACAGUCUGUCCUGAUGAGACUGCAUUUUGAUGUAAAAAUGUGUAAUGGUUUGUCAUUUCUUAAAAUUCACAGCAAAGCGUGUACUCCCGCGAGUUACUAAAUUUCACAUGUCCAUUUUUCCCGCUUUCAGAAAGGAUUUUCUAAGUGAAAUAAUUUUUCAGCAAUAAAAAUUGCUAAUAUAAUUAAAAUGUUUUUGAAAACGUAAGAUUUAGACUUAAUGCCAGUAUCUAAAAGCACUUUAUACAACAUGUGUUGUGUAGUAAUAUUUUUCUCUGACCAGACAUCAUAAAUUGAGUUGAAUGAAUCUUGAUUCACUGACUGAUUGUACAGAAAGGAGAUUAGAAUGUUAAAUAUUAUGGAUGUUUGAGUAUCUGUUGAUGGCACAGAUCUUUUUAGUCACCUUAUAAUAUCCUACCCUAAUUUUUUGACAUGUUAGUUUUAUUCCUGGGCAAUUCAUUUCCGUCUCUUGUUCUAUAGGAAACUUACUGUUGUUAGAGUACACCUUAGUCUGGAUUUUGAUUUAUGCUACAAUGAAUUAGUCAUAAAACUACAGUCUAACUCUGGAACAAAAAUGCUAAAACAACAGAAAUGAUAUUUCUGAUAGCAGGUGUCUAGGUUGAUCACUUGAUUAUGUCAAAUAAAAUAUUCCCAAUCAA